AGAGGGAGGAGAAGGUCACGUCUCUCUCGUGCUGGUGGCUCGCUGAAGGCAAUAUUUUUUUUUUUUCAUGGGACGAUUUUUGUGACAGUGAGUGAGUUUUGAGGGAGUUUGUGUCGGUGGGAAGAUAAAAGUGGUGAUCAGAGUAUCGUCUGAGGGCAUAUUCUGAUAUAUGUGAAGUGGGGGUGGGGAGAGGGGAAAAAUAAUUUAAUGCGAAGAAAGUGAGAGAGAGAGAGAGAAAUAAUUUAAUCGCGAAGAGGAAGAAGGGAGAGCGAGAUAGAAGGAGAGAAUCUCGUCACCCUUCAGAGAUAAAAAGAACGAAAUGGACGUGUGAAGGGAAGACGACCUGCUUCUCAUUAUUUCCUGCACUGAGACAUGGCUGUGAGGUUGACAGAGACCCGAGAUCCUCAAGAUGCCCAACAAGAAGUUGUUACAACAUACCCCUCUUCUCAGAAGGAAAGUGUUGAGGUUCAGGGCACAAGUUCCUCGAGCAACACAGCAGCACAAGUACAAGAGGAUGUUCGGAAAGUUGGGUCACACACCCAGGUCUUCAUUACCCUGGUGGUUGGUGCUGUGGCAGGAGGGCUUGCCAAGACAACCAUCGCUCCACUGGAUAGGACGAAAAUUAACUUCCAGGCAACGAACAAGAAGUUUUCCGCACGCUAUGCACUGAGGUUUUUGGUUGAAUGUUAUAAAUCGGAAGGACUACUUAGUCUCUGGCGCGGGAAUUCUGCCACCAUGGCUCGUAUUAUUCCUUAUGCUGCCAUUCAGUUCACAGCUCACGAACAGUUUAAGAAGCUCUUACAAAGUGAUAAAACUGAUCGAGACACUCCAUCAUCAAUGAGAUUCCUGGCUGGAUCACUAGCUGGCGUGACCUCCCAGUUCCUGACCUAUCCACUGGACAUGGCCAGGGCUAGGAUGGCAGUGACUCGCAAGGGCACUUACUCUUCUCUCAUGGAGGUAUUUGUAAAAAUCUGGAAAAAUGAGGGGCCUCUAACUUUGUACAGAGGCUUGACUCCAACUUUGAUAGGAGUCAUACCAUAUGCAGGCACCAGCUUUGGAAUAUAUGAAACCCUGAAGAGCUAUCACAGUGCUAACUCCGACAAAGAGAAGCCAAAUCCUUUACAAAGAAUGAUGUUUGGCGCUGUGGCAGGAUUGGUUGGGCAGUCUUCUUCAUACCCGCUAGACAUCGUUCGAAGAAGGAUGCAGACAGCAAAGGUCACUGGGAAUGGGAAUUCCUAUAAUACAAUUAUUGGAACUCUAGUCAAAGUUUACAGAGAGGAAGGCUUAGUCCAUGGUCUCUACAAAGGUCUUUCAAUGAAUUGGAUAAAAGGACCUAUUGCUGUGGGCAUCAGCUUCGCCACCUUUGAUACACUCAAAAUAUUCUUAGAGCAACUUGUGAAUGGCAGAUAGCAUCAUAGAUUAAUAUAACAAAUUCAGUGAUGCAAAGGUAUAUUACAGAGAAUUAGAGAGAUUUCCAAGAUAUAGGGUAGAAUAUACAAUAAUAAACAUCUUCUUUUAGUGAAGAUGUCUGUGUUAUGCCUCAUCAACUAUGCCAUUGUGUAGUGAGGUAGUAUCUCCUACAGUGUGUCUUACCCAGAAUAGCUCAUAGAUUCUGUUUUAUGGGCUUCAUCAUUGUUGCUGUCCAAGUCAUAGUACAACAUACAGUAGUGGCCAUAUUAUUAGAAACUUUUGAGAACUGGUCUUCUGCAAAUUCAGUAGGGAAUAUGUAUACUGUAGUUAAUUUGUACUUGUUUUAAUGAAGCAGCUGUUUCUGUACCUUCUUUAACCUGGUUUUGUAAAUAGCAUCAAAAUUGCAGUUUUAACAUGUUCCUUCUUUUAUUUUAUUUUUAUUUUAUAUGUGCCAUAUAAGAUUAUUAUUAUUAUUAUUAUUAUUAUUAUUAUUAUUAUUAUUAUUAUUAUUAUUAUUAUUAUUAUUAUUAUUAUUA